CACUCUGGUUGACAUUCUUGCAGUAUGUAACCAAGCAGUAUGGCUGUUAUCUAAUACUGUAACACUGAUGAAGUGUAAGAGGACAGAAUAUCAAGAAAAUCAGAUAUUAUUUCUCAGAGUGGACGGCAAGUGGCAGCCGGAGAAUGGCUCAAAUGUUGGGGCUUCUCUCGACGGCUGCUUUUCCUUUACAGAUUGCAGUAAGAGCUUGUGUACGCAGUUCAGUGGUGGCAGCAAGGAAUGUAUCUGUGCUGCCCGUCUUCCGUGGCUCUUCUGUCAGGAUUCUUGCUCAAAAUAAAUUAUUGUCAUCUCAUGGAUAUUAUUCAUCUAAUGGACGACUAUACUCCACUGAGCCGCCAAAAGAUGGUAAAGGGAAGGAAUCAGAUGGCAGUGGAGGCCGUGGAGGUGGCGGGAAAAGAGGAGCAGGAAAAGAUUGGUGGAGCCGCAUGCAGAAGGGAGACAUCCCAUGGGAUGAGAAGGAGUUCCGCGCCCUGGCAGUGUUGGUAGCUGGGAUAUCCUCUGCCACACUCUACUAUCAGUUCAGGGACACAGGCAAGGAGAUCACCUGGAAGGACUUUGUCCAUCGCUACCUUGGCAGAGGAAUGGUUGACCGUUUAGAGGUUGUCAACAAACAGUAUGUGAGAGUCAUUCUAGUACCGGGAGCAGAGGCUGAUGCGAGCUAUGUGUGGUUUAACAUCGGUAGUGUGGACACCUUCGAGAGGAACUUGGAGGCGGCUCACCAUGAGCUGGGCGUGGAGUCCUCUCAUAGGGCAGCUGUCGUGUACAGCUCAGAAAGUGACGGGACAUUAUUGAUGAGCGUGAUCCCCACCCUGCUGUUGAUUGGUUUCCUGCUCUUCACCCUGCGACGGGGACCAAUGGGAGGAGGUGCUGGGGGUGGAAGAGGCGGUCCAUUCAGCAUGAGUGAAUCAACAGCGAAGAUGAUGAAAGACAACAUCAACACCAAGUUCAAGGACGUGGCCGGCUGUGAGGAGGCCAAGCUGGAGAUCAUGGAGUUUGUUAACUUCCUGAAGAACCCCCAGCAGUACCUGGACUUGGGGGCCAAGAUUCCAAAGGGUGCUGUGCUCUCUGGACCUCCAGGCACAGGCAAGACCCUGCUGGCCAAAGCCACAGCAGGAGAAGCCAACGUCCCCUUCAUCACAGUCAACGGCUCUGAGUUCCUGGAGAUGUUUGUGGGUGUUGGGCCUGCCAGGGUGAGAGACAUGUUUGCCAUGGCCCGGAAGAAUGCUCCCUGUAUCCUGUUCAUAGAUGAGAUAGACGCGGUGGGCCGCAAGAGGGGCGGGGGAAACUUUGGGGGCCAGAGUGAGCAGGAGAACACUCUCAACCAGCUGCUAGUGGAGAUGGAUGGGUUCAAUACCAGCACUAACGUGGUUGUCCUGGCGGGUACCAACAGACCGGACAUCUUGGAUCCUGCACUCAUGAGGCCUGGCAGAUUUGACAGGCAGAUUUACAUAGGCCCACCUGACAUCAAAGGCAGGGCGUCCAUCUUCAAAGUGCACUUACGGCCCAUUAAACUGGACCCUGCUAUGGACAAAGACGGAUUGGCCAGGAAGAUGGCUGCCGCCACACCAGGCUUCACUGGAGCCGACAUAGCUAAUGUGUGCAACGAGGCUGCCCUAAUCGCUGCUAGACACCUCAACCCACAUGUGGAAGGAAAACACUUUGAGCAGGCCAUUGACAGGGUCAUCGGAGGUCUUGAGAAGAAGACCCAGGUGCUGCAGCCCAAUGAGAAGAAGACUGUAGCGUACCAUGAGGCUGGGCAUGCAAUAGUGGGCUGGUUCCUGCAACAUGCUGACCCACUGCUGAAGGUGUCCAUCAUCCCCAGAGGGAAGGGGUUAGGCUACGCCCAGUACCUUCCCAAGGAGCAGUACCUGUACACGCGGGAACAGCUGUUUGACAGGAUGUGUAUGAUGCUGGGAGGGCGUGUGGCUGAACAGGUCUUCUUUGGGAAGAUCACCACAGGAGCUCAGGACGACCUGAAGAAGGUCACCCAGUCAGCCUACGCACAGAUAGUGCAGUUCGGGAUGAGUGAGAAGGUGGGCCAGGUGUCGUUUGACCUGCCUCGGCAGGGGGAGAUGGUGAUGGAGAAGCCUUACAGCGAAGCCACGGCAGAGCUCAUAGACCAGGAGGUCAGAGACCUGGUGGACAGCGCCUACCAGAGGACCAUGGAGCUCAUUAUGGACAAGAGGGAGUGUGUGGACAUGGUGGGGAAGCGUCUCCUAGAGAAGGAGGUCCUGAACAAGGCGGACAUGCUAGAGCUGCUGGGGCCGCGGCCGUUUGAGGAGAAGUCGACAUAUGAGGAGUUUGUGGAGGGGACGGGCAGUUUUGAAGAGGACACCAGCCUGCCAGAGGGCCUGAAGGAUUGGAACCAGGAGAAAGGGGACGCAUCUGAGGAGCUGUCCCCAGUUAAGGAGAAACUGGCCCAAUAGGCAGUGGCAGGCAACCUCUUAACCUAACACCUGUCUCGGCACAACACACCACACCACAACAAUCAUGUAGCCUAGGCAGAGGGGAGGUUUGGGUGGACUUAGCAUAGUACAGUGUCCCAGGACAUAUUUAUCUGAGUUCAAAGCAAACUUUCAAACAGAAUUCAAGAUUUUCAGUGCCAUAUUAUUGGCCGUAUUUAAGGUGAACCUCAUUGUACUCAAAGGCAAAAUAUGAUUAACAGUGGACACAUUGGGAUUGAGAGAUUUGCUAUUUUUAGGAUUUAUUUUUAUUUUUAUGUCUCCUGACAUAAAUAUGUUUGUGUCACAACUGAAUCAUGUACAGUCGGGUCCAAAAUGAUUAGCACCCUUGAUAAAGACUUUAUAAAAUAAAUAAUGCAAAUACUGAGCUAUAUUGUAUGCAAAACAUUUUUGGGAAAUUAUAUUAUUUUAUACUAAUACAAUUGCUCAGAGAAAGAUAAUUUAUUACAAGUAAUACUUGUUUUUUUUCUCCAAAAAGAUGGGGGCCAAAAUUAUUGGCGCCCCGUUUUCAAUACCUUUCAAUACCUCACCUUGCGAGGAUAAUGGCACUGAGCCUUUUUCCUAAAAUGUUUUAUGAGAU